GUAAGAUACACGUUCCUUCAUACACAAACACCCAUGACCCUCAAUUAGAACGCUUGCUUGAUGGCAACAGUCAAAUAAUACAAGGACGACCUCGUGGGAAGCACAGCCACUAUUGUUCAACGUCCACCCAUUCAACUUCUAUCAUUCAGACAGCUUGCCUCCAGCCUGGAUGCCCAUCUAUUGUUUCCACAAGGAACCUCCUACAACCUCAUGUCUUUGUUCACGGACCACAGCGGACGUCGCGAUCGUGCAUCUCUCGAGGUGCAGGCAGGUGUUGAGCCCUCCGUAUCAAGGCCUGCAGAAUCCUCAACAGACAGAAAAUCGCGUCGAGACUAUACUGUACUCCGGACUCACGAAUUAUUCUGGCGCGAUCACCAGCCAUGGCUUGCAGAGAAGGGAUACAUGCUCAGGCCUCGUUACCGGCCGGGCUGGGUCGCCUCUUACAAGGACAAGCCAGACCACCCGUGGGACCGCGAAGAUGGUGUAGCUUCAUUACAUAGCUUCCUCCUUGAUGCUACACGCAUUUCCGAUGGAGAGGUUGUCAUUCUGAAGAAAGUAUCCCGUCAGUGCAAUCCAUACGAGAUUGAUAUGAACAGGUACUUCUCGAGUGAACCACUCAAAUCCCAUCCUCGCAACCACUGUGUUCAAAUUAUCGAUGUCUUGGCUGUGCCCGAUGAUGAGGAUGUAUCCAUCAUGGUCAUGCCUCUCUUGCGUCCUUGCGACGAUCCUCGAUUCGAAACCAUAGGGGAAGUCAUGGAAUUUCUCAGACAAGUGUUUGAGGGCAUGCAAUUUCUGCAUCAAUGUCAUGUUGCUCAUCGUGACUGUAUGGACCUCAACAUCAUGAUGGACCCCAAGCCCAUGUUUCCUGACUUAUAUCACCCUAUGUCGGACACUAAGAAUCGCGAUUUCACUGGGGAGGCCAAGGAACCUUACACUCGCACUGCGCGACCACCGAAGUACUACAUAAUCGACUUCGGCUUGUCUCUUCGAUUCUCCCCAGAUGAUACCAACCCUCUCGCUGAUCCAGUGGAGGGUGGCGACAGGACUGUACCCGAGUUCCAGAACUCUGAUGAGCCUCGGAAUCCGUUCCCCACUGAUAUCUACUACCUGGGUAAUAUGAUCCGGGAGAGUUUUUUGGAGAAAACCAUGGGCCUUAGAUUUUUGAAGCCGCUCGUAGACGACAUGGUACAAGAUGAUCCGACGAAACGGCCUACAAUUGAUGAAAUUGUAGAACGGUUUGGCAAAAUUCUCCGAUCACUACACUGGUGGAAUCUUCGUAAACGAUUGGUUGAGAAUAUUGAGGCAGAAGACGCGAUGAAGCGGUUCAGACGCAGAUGGCGACAUUUCUUCCGCACCGUCGGAUAUACCCUAACUUUCAGAAGUCCUUUACCGGUGCCACGCUACUGAUCAACCCUUGCGGUCAUAUAUACUUGGUUCGCCGCCGCAUCUACAUAUACUUUUAUUCUCUGUCUUUCGUUGGAUUCCCGGAGGAUCUCUUUUAGUGAGUUGUUGAUUUGAUAGUUUAGAUAGGCCAACCCGUACGACAUUGACAGUUCGAGUCAUUGUACGCUGGGCGCCCGUGGUAAUGAGCAUUUGGUGCGCAAUGACCACCAGAGCAAUAUACGGCCAUUGUCAGACUAUUUGAUAGUACAAAUUGUCAGAAAGGACCGAACGCAGCAACUGGGGCGAUCUAGGGUCUGUUGCUUUCACGGCGACACUAACGCAAGGGAACGCUGACAUAAUACAUGCACGAACUAUCA